AUGAGAAGUUAUACGUUGAAAACAGUCCUUCAGUCAUGUUUCAUUGGUACGAAGGGUGUGUUACCAGUUAGAAGUUGUCAAUCAGUAGGAGCGCAAAAAAUCAAAAUUAUGAAAGGACCAGAUGGCUUAUCAGCACUUGAUAUUGUUAAGGAGUAUGGCAUACCAAUUCAAAGAGUUUCAUUGAGUCGUGGACUUGCAUUAAAUCGCUUUGAAAAAGAUUUCUUCAUUUAUCCGGAAUAUUCUGAUACAGAUGCAGCUGAGAGUAUGUUGCAAUUAGUAUCUGCACUCAAGAACGACAUCAAAACAGCAGCUGAUCGGGAGAACUCUCUCAUGGCUCUUUGGGAUAAAUACAAGCUCUCUUCGUACGCUGUUCCUAAGAAAUAUGGUGGUGUCGAUAUGUGUUACAAAGAUCUUUUAACUAUUUGUGAAGGAUUAGGAUCAUACUGGAGUUUUUAUUUUCGUUUCGAGCAAACUCAUUUAACAGCGUCUCUUAUUCUGCUGUAUGGUAAUGACCUGCAGAAGUCUCGUUAUCUACCGCAAAUUGCAUCGGGAGUAAUUCGACCCGUAGUUGGUUUUUCCGGACCUGAAAUGGAUUCAAAUUCAGAAUCAGUGACAUCUUUAUGUGAGCUUAUUAAUGACAAACAAAAAUUGAUUGCAACAAAUCAUUUUAUCAAUGCAUCAGAUGCUAAUUUGCUUGUCGUUUUUGCUAAGCAGGACAUAAAUAAUAUAGCAUGCUUUCUUAUCGAGAAAAAAAGUGGAGACGGUAAUACUUUUGAAAUGGGAACGAAAACUUCUGUUUUGGGGAGAACUGGAUUAAAUGUUAAUUCGUGGGAUUUCAAGCAAAUGACUGUAGAACCAAGCUUGAUGUUAGGAAAACUUGAAGAUGGAAAAAAAAUCUCACAAGAAACAUUGGUAAAGCGAAUUUCAUUUGGUGCUGCCGUCGUAGGUUUCAUGAAAACUUUAAUAAAUUCUUUGUCAGAAUACUGCAACAGAACACUGCAGCAAAAUUUGCCAUUAGCAGGAAGGAAUACCAUCAAGCAUUUGGUAACGGAACUUGCAUUAAAUACUUACGUGCUUGAGUCAAUGUGCUAUUAUGUUGGUGGACUUCACGAUGAAGAACUUAUACUAUCGUUUGAUGUCGAGGAAGCAGUAAUACAUAAGUAUGCUAGGCAUUUGCUUUCUGAAGCUAUAUCGUCGACUGUAGAUGUUGUUGGAAUGGAUGCUAUUACGUCUAGUAUGAAUUUUGACGGUCUGCUGGAUGAGAUAAUGGCAGCUCUUUUACUUAGCAGUACUGAAUUGGAUCUUAAAAAAUUUGUGGCGUCUGAAGUUAUAAUAUCGUAUGCAAACGCUAAUGCGGAUAGCAUAAAACAGUGGCGCUCUUUUGAUAAACGACUCUAUGAACGGAUUUUUGGCCAUGUCGAAAAAGCAAUCGCAUUUCACGAUCCAAAGCUGCAACAUUUUAUCGCAGAACAUGCACACCCAUCAUUGAAAGAAGCAUGCACUAAUUUAGAGCACACUAUGUGGAGAUUAGAAUCAUUGCUUAAUUUGCUCCUUUCGAAUCAUGGAAAAAGCAUCAUAUCUGAUUACAAUGUACUUGAAGCUAUUUCAAAAGUGAUCGAAUAUAAUUUUGGCAUGGUUACAACUAUAGCACGAUCUAGCCGAUCUUACUCGAUUGGUUUACGAAAUGGUGAUCUUGAGGUAUCCUGGGCGCAGCUGUAUUGUUCUGAAGCGGCCAACAUGUCAAUGGCUGAAUUGAGGAAGCUUUAUGAUUAUUUCCGAUUUGAACGAAUGAACUCUUUGCACUCCAAGAUUGGAGAGUCAGUUUUGGAAAGUGGUGGAUACUGUAUAGAAAGUCCAAUUACUCGAAAUUGGUGA